CGCGUUCAACCAGUGCCGAGUCUAGAGGAUCUCCGUCUGCCAGGGUGACGAGUCCGACGCGCGCGCAAGGAGCAGGACGUAUAUCCGCCGCUUGACGACCCGAAAAACCCGCACUUUUCAUCCUUUUGCCGCUGGACUAACUCUCCUGGGGGUUUGGAUUAAUUAACCAAAAAAGGAAAAGAAAGAAAAAAAAUCCACUCGCUCUUUUUUUUUGGUGGCUUUUUCUUUUCGCUUUUUUUUUUCGCUUUAAAUUUGCGUUGGAAGACACAAAACUCGCCGGCAAGACAAUGGGAUCCCAGGCAUCCAAAGGAGAGGUGGCCAGUGAGGGGAACGCCGCUGCUGCUGAUGCUGCAGCUGUCAAAACCAACGGACAGGAGAAUGGACACGUGAAAACCAACGGCGACGUCUCCACAAAGCCUGACGGGGACGCCGCUGCCACCAACGGCUCAGCGGAGGCAGCCAAGGAGCCCGAAGCCGGCGCGGGAGGCGACGCCAUCGAGCCGGCGCCCGCUGCAGAUGGAGACGCCGCCAAGCCCGAGGGCGAGGCCGCAGCCAAGGAGACCCCCAAGAAGAAGAAGAAGAAGUUCUCCCUGAAGAAAUCCUUCAACUUCAAGCUGAACCUGAAGAAGAGCAAGAAGACCGAGGCCGUCAAGGAGGAAGCGGCGGCCACCGCCGCCGCCACCCCCUCCGAGGAAAAGCCCGCCGAGAACGGAGCCGCCGCUCCCGCGGAGGAGAAGAAGGAGGAGGAGGUGAAGGAGGAGGCUGCUGCUGCCGCCGCGGCUGAGGCCCCCAAGGCGGAGGAGGCCCCGGCUAAAGAGGAGGCCCCCAAGGAGGAGGCCAAGGAGGCAGCUGCUCCAGCCCCCGAGGCCACAAAACCAACAGAGGAGAGCAGCUCGACCCCCGCUCCUUCUGAAAAGAAAGAGUGAUUGUAUCUUUGGCUCACAAUGAACUGGGUGAACUGUUUUGCAAGAGAGAGAGAGAAAGAGAGAGAGAGACCGAGAGAGAGAGAGAGAGAAAAAAUUUAGAGUAUAUAUAUAUAUAUUUAUAUAUAUAUGUGUAUAUGUAUACAUAUGUAUAUGGAUAUAUGUAUAUGUAAAUAUAUACACAUGUAUGUGAGAGACUCCUUCGACGUGCCACUUUUUUCGUCAUGAUAACAAGAUGACAGACUAGAUUCACUAGAUCACUUCCCUGGUUACUGCUUGACAUCUGGGCCCGGACUGAGUCGGAGGCUGUGGGUUGGUCGGUCGGUCGCUAUGCGGAGAGCGGAUUUUCAGUGGCUAGAACGCGAGCUAUCGACACCAUGAAGUGCAGACGGAUGAAGGAUGACCGGAAGGAGGAGGGAAGGAGCCGAGGCGUCUUUUCCCCCCAAAAAUCUACCUACGAAGAUGCCUCCCUGCCUAAGGAACGAAGCGAGACGAGAUACUAGGACACCACCACCACUUUGAAAUGACUGUUAAUAAGAGAAAAAAAAAAAGAAAAAAUAUGAAAUCAGAAAAAUUAAGAGACUUGCCAACUUUUUACAUUCCUAUAUUUUAACCCAAAUUUGAAGUAUUUUGUGGUGUAUUAUAGAGAACCAUCUUAAAGAUUCAGAGAAGCUAUGUCUUUGUUUGUUUAAAGAGAAAAAAAAAGAUGAAUUUUGAUUUUUACCUUACUAUGAAAAAAAAAAAAAGAACACUUAAAAGCUUGCUAUGUUCACUGUUGCGGUUUGAUAUGAAGCAGACUUGUUUAUCUGUCGUGUGUGAGCCCGAAUCUGCUUUGUCUCUGUAAAUACAUUGGAAUCGAUUUUCUGUUCUUUAUUUUGCUAAUGUUAACAGAUGUUACUGGUUUUAUUGUAAAGUUGAUAAUGGUAAAUAAAUGUUGGUUACCUGCCA